UUCAGCCUUUCAGGGAAAAGGGGAACUACUUGCUGUCUCUUACUGUGAGCCCAAGAGCGUAGAAGCUGCGCAUCGAUGGCGGCGACAGGUGAGGAGAACGGAAUAGAGGCGACGGAGAAGGAAGGUUUUAACCUAUUGGGGUCUCCAACGUUCACAGAUCUCCAAAACGGGAGGUUCAGAUGCGUGGAAACAGGACACGAGCUGCUAGAGAAGGACAAGGAGAGUUAUUCGCAAAGCAAGCGGUGUCGUUUAGGGCUCAUCGAGUAUGCCUUGUCCCACAAGAAGUCUCCUCUCAACUUGUUCAAGCAAGACCCUAACUCUCGUUCAAAGUUGAUAUGUAAGCUGACGGGCAAAACUGUGAACAAGAGUGAGGAACAUAUUUGGAAGCAUAUAAACGGGAAGCGGUUCCUGAACAAAUUAGAGGAGAAAGAAAUAGAGAAAGAGUCAAAAAGCUCGGCUCCAAAGGAGGAUGAAAGUAUGCCAUUUGAGGAAAAUGGCACGAAGGAAAAGAAGAAGAAGCAGAAGAAAGAGAAGAAGAUGAAGAAGAGUAAGACGGAGAAGAAAGAAAAGAAUGGAGAAAAUGUUGCCGAUGAAGCAAAAGAUGGUAAUGAUGGUGAUGGUAAGUCGGAGGAAGCAGACUUUUGGAUGCCUCCAAUAGGGGAGCGGUGGGACUUUGACGAGGGAGGUGACCGGUGGGACUCUGCUUCUGACUCCGAGACCAAUCAUUCUAUGGGUGAAGACAAUGAAGAUGCCGACAGAGGUUCGGAGGAGAUCUCCACAGGGAAAAAGCGCAAGUCUGAACCUAUUCCCCGUGGCCUCUCUUCAAAGGAAGAGAAGAAGAAGAAGAAGAAGAAGGAACCAUCUUCCCAAGUCUAAUCCACUCUUCUCUUUUUGUUUUCUGAACACCAAAAAGGGAAGGAUUGUUGUUCCAUUUUCGUGGCAUUUCUAAUAUAUGGUAGAAAACUUCCGUGCUUUGGAUCCCACAAAAUCAGCUGUCCAGGGAAGGAUGUUCAUAAUAUUAAGCGACAAUAUGAGGAUUAGGCAAUUGCGAAAUUUCAUUAAGUGAUUUAUCUUUUGUCUUGUAUUCGGAAGUUUUGUUGGAGAUUUUCUUCAUAAGAUUGUUCAUCCUUGAGAA